AAAUCGUAUCGUAAGUGUUUACGACAGGUUUACGAUUUUAGCUACGAGCGUCUUAUCAAGCCUGUCGCAAGUAUAUCAGUAUUUCGUAACCUUACGAUAAUCGUACGCAUGCGCAGUUAAAGCGAGCUCUUCAAACGAAGGUAUUUUAUCUGAUGUUUGGUGUCUGCUGUCAGUUUUCACUUGGACGUAAACAAGUUGUAAAAGUUCUGUUAGAGGAUGUCUUUAAGCGGAAAAGAAAAGAAGCGAGGGCCAAACUGGACGAUAGAAGAAAGAAAUACGCUUAUAGAGCUAUGCCGGGCCAGUACAAACACACUCAAAAUGAACUGGGGAGAAGUGGCUGACAGGGUGAACAGUAUCGGGGGAAACUCCAGAGUCGCCCCUGAGGUUAAAAAGAAGUGGACUGAUAUGAAGAGCAAUGUAAAGAGGAAGGCGCAGCAAGAACGGACAGAAAGCAGGCAGACAGGAAAUGGGUUGAAGACUAUAAAUCUGGAUUCUUGGGAGGAAAUGGUAUUGACAACCAUUCCAAAGGUGUCAGUUGAUGGCAUUCCUGGAGGCGUGCAGUGCGGGGUUUCUUCAAUCCAGGAAUCGAAUAAAGAAGAAGAAGAAGAAGAAGAAGAAAAAGACAUGAUCCAGGGAGCAGCAGCUAAUGUGAAAGACCGCUCAUCAUCAGUAAAGUUUUCUUCUUGUAAUGCAACAGGGGGUUCCACAUCAAAUCUUCAACUGCGAAUGGUGAUGGCCCAGGAGCAACAAAACAGUAUUCUGUCAUCAAUAGAUUCUACAUUGAAGAAAAUGUUAGAAUACCAAAAAGAAAAAUCCGUUGACCUUCUACAUUUUGAAUAUUAAUUUAAGAAAACAUUCAUAUAAAAUUAUGUAUCGGUUUCUUAGACUCAUUGAAAAUGUGUUAAGUUAUAUUAUUCAACUGGCCACAAUUUCUCAACACUUUUUCAAUCAAUGAGGUUACAUAACUCCAUAUUAUCCUAAAUACAAGUUAUGGCCCCUGAUUGACUUAGGUUAAAGUUUUAGGGCAGGUUAAAUUUUAGGGCAAGUUGGGAUUUUCACUUAAAACUCCAAUACCAUUCAUUCAAUUGACUUAAUGCUUCGCACAGAUGUUCAGAGCCAUCACAUAAUGAGGUUAGAUAACUCCAUAUUAUCCUUUAUACAAAUUAUGGCCUCUGAUUGACUAUGGAACUUAGGUUAAAGUUUUAGGGCAGGUUGGGAUAUUGUUUAAUAACUUCUAUACCCUUCAUUCAAUUGACUUAAUACUUCACACAAUUGUUCAGGACCAUCAGCCAAUGAGGUUACAUAACUCCAUAUCCUUAAUACAAGUUAUGGCCCCUGAUUGACUUGGGUUAAAGUUUUGGGCAAAAUUAUUUACGACCAUAUUACAACAAGAAACAUAACUCAUUUUUAAGCCUAAAUACAAAUUAUGGCCCUUGAAUUUAAAAAAAAUAAAUUUAACUUCCUUUUAAAGACAUAUUUGUAUAUUCUUAACCACAUUUUCAUAAUGGGAAAUCAAGUUAUUUGAAUGACUUGCGUCAUUGUUUUGGCGGGCUGGUGGAAGGGCAGCAUCAAAGUCACCUUAUGUAUCGAAUAAUUUCAGUUAGGUUUGACAUAAAGAGACCAAACUUGGUAUUUUUAUACGUUAUUGUAUUCUAAGUCAAAGCGACGUAGACGAGCGCGCUGUCUUACGACGGCUUUAAGAGACUUUAGACUUUGAAUGGAAAUUAUGUUUAUGGUUAUCACAAUUAACUCUUUCAUUUAUCAAAGUUCAGUUACAGUAUGUAUUUUGGCCUAUAAAAAUAAGCUUUGUACACCUGUUAUGCUUCAUAAGAUGUUUUGAGAUAUUGGGGCCAGCUGUUUAAGAGUAAACUUUAUGAUAUGUGAAUUGCACUGUGAUGUGAUAGUGUUUGUGUAACUUACUGCCUUUCAUCUAAGAUUUGAACUUAGGUCCCUGAAGAGAAAUUUGCCAUGUAUAUAAAAGAUUAUUAAUUUGUUCAUUUUAGUUUAACAUUGUAAUAAAUUCCACCAAGUGGGCACUAAAAACUAUAUUUUAUGUUUUCAUGAGGUUAAAUAUAUUGCCAUCUUACACUAAAACAAGCAUUUUUUCGUAAAUGACGUCAAUGAAAUAUUUAUAUAACCAUUGGAAGUGAUGUUCUGAAACAUCAAAUGUACUGUUGAUUACAAGAAGAGGCAUUUAAAGUUACUUUAGUUUUGUCUGUAUGUACUCUUAAUUCUUUGUAUGUGUUGUAUGAUAAAAAGCCUGAACCUACACUCUUUUGUACAAAGUUUAGGCUUAGUGCCAAAUUCGGAUGUAAUUGAAACUGAAUGGGUGUUUCCUCAAAAGUGUAGAAUUUAACUUAUUCCUCGAAGUGAAAGUCAGUUUUUGGGCCCAGAUGCAUUUACUUGUUUAUGUUUUGGUGCAAUAUUAUAUUUGCCUAUGAUGUUCUUAGGAAAGGUAUUGCUAUAAAACUAAAACUGUUAUGAACUCCCUGUAUAAAAUGGGUGUAUUAUUCUGACAUAACUGUUAUAUUGAAUUGCAGUUGUAAAAUAAAUUACUCUGACUGAACGUUUUGCAAUCAAAUAUAAACUAGAAAAACACUUUUUUUGGCAAGUUAGGCAUUAUUAAAUGAAGGAUAUGUACAAAGCAGAAAUGAUAUUGAACGGCAUUGUAUUGUAUCAAUAGAAAUGUAUUGAUGAAAGAAUAAUUAGUUGAGCUUUUAAGGUUAUUUAGUUGAGCUUUUAAGGUUAAUUAGUUGAGCUUUUAAGGUUUUUGAUUUGUGUAAGUUAUUGAAUGUUAUUCAUUGAGACAUCAGGAAAUGCACAUUGUUGCAGUGUGCCAUUCUGUUGCCAUAAUUAUGUUGUAUGAUGUUCUGUGUGUAAUGUUGUGCAUAAUUGAUUUGUUAUUAUGGUUAAAAUGACAUGGGUGAUAUCAUAAAUAUCUUAAUGUCUUUUAGUUCUUAUCCCAUUUACCUGUUACAAUUUUACAAUGUACUGCACUUUUGCAUAAUGCUACUGUGAUAGUCUAAGUUGUUGACAUAAUUGUAUAUUUGUUGUGUUAAAGAGG